AUGCGCUCCUUCGCUCUUACCGCCAGUCUGGCCGCGCUCUGCAGCGCAGCACCAUAUGGGCAGCAGACGCCACUCAAGAACAUACUCGAGAACACAGACAAGAGCGAUAAAUACACGUACCCAACGGAUUUUACGAGGGAGAUUAUCCCCAAGCCGUUCCACAGCCAUAAUGAUUACUGGCGCGAUGUGCCGUUCUAUUCGGGUCUGAGCCAGGGUGCUAUAUCGACAGAAGCUGAUGUGUGGCUUCUGAAUGGCACGCUCUACGUCGGCCAUGAGCCUGCUGCCCUUACCGACAAGCGCACUCUUCAGUCUCUCUAUCUGGAGCCAAUUCUCGACACUCUGCAUCGCCUGAACCCGAAGACUCGAUUCGUGCAGCCAGGCGAGCAGAAUGGUGUAUUCGACACCUCUAGCGGACAGACUCUUUACUUCUUCAUCGACUUGAAGACUGCCGCCGAUGAGACCUGGCCCGCUGUUCUUGAAGCCUUAGAGCCUCUGCGAAGCGGCGACUGGUUGACAACUUACGACGGAACCAAUCUGCGCAAGAAUCCCGUUACCGUCAUUGGAACUGGAAACACCCAGCUUUCGGACGUUCUUGCGUCGUCUCCACGUGACGUCUUCUUUGACGCGCCACUUGCUGAUCUCAACGACUCCAAAUAUGCCGACCUCACCGCAAACGAGUCACCAAUUGCGUCCACAAACUUUGCGUCGUCCUUUGGCGAAGUGCGCAAGCGGGAGUUCAACGAUACGCAGCUGGAGACGCUGAGGAGCCAGCUUGACAUGGCACAUGAGAAGGGCAUCAUGGCCAGGUAUUGGAACCAGCCGGCGUACCCGAUCGGUACGAGAAACGCGGUUUGGCGUAUUCUCUGGGACGAGGGCGUCGAUCUGCUCAACGUUGAUGAUCUUGCGGCGGCGGCUGCCUUCUGGGAGGGCACUGGUUAA